AUGGAUGAACUAUUAGGAGCUAUAUAGCAAAGAAAAGCCAAAAUAAAUGAGAUUUAAGAAGCAAUUUAUUAGAUCAAAGGUAAUUAGUAGUAAGAGAGAUUGAUUGUAUACUAAAUGGUAAGAAAGUUAAAAGAAGAGGAGAAAAUAAGGGCAGAAAAAGAAAAUUGGAUUAUAGGAGUCAUUCGAAACACAAAAUCAUAUAAUGAAGAAUAAAUGUGGUAAUUUUAAAUAUAAUCAUUAGUCAUAUUUAUGUAAAGACAAACGAAAUGAUGAAAGCAAUUAGCAAUUAAUUUUUAGAAAUCCCAUAUACACCUACAUGUAAUUUGUACUAAUACUUGGAAAAUUAUUAUAUACUUCAUUCAAGUUUUCAGAAGCAUCUUAAUCAAGAUGCUUAAUUAAAGGUUCAAUUCAAGUAAGCAGUCAGAGCUGGUAACAUCUCAUUAGUGACUGAUUUAAUUAAGUCACUUUUAGGAACAUCUCGUAAACAAUAUAGAGACUUUGUUGAUGAAUUGAGUAAUCAAGUUAAGAAAGAACCAUCUCCAUAGAAGGUUAGAAUAGAAAAUCAACGUAUUCGUUCUUCAACAUAAAAGAUUGAGGAAGUCAAAUUGGUUGAAAAACCACUUACAACAACUAUGAUUAAUAAGGUUGAUAGAAUUAAACGAAAAUAGAUGACUAUUUCUAAAAUAUAAAGGUAAUUAUAUAUAAGUAAAACAGUUCAUGUGAUUUAUCUCCAACUAAUGAAACUCCUUCAUUAUAUCUUAGAAAUAAAUUUAAAGAAGUUGAAAAAACACCAUUCACUUCUAUGUUUGCUAAUAUUUCAUCUGUAAUUGAUGAUUUAGAUGAUCUUAAUAUUUAAAUAUGUGAUUAUCAAACAAUUAAGAGAUAAUCUCAAAAUUAUGAAGAAUUUAAAACUAAUUAUGAUGGUCUUUGUGAUAAAAUUAGAUUAAGAAAUAAUCUUAUUUAAUAGAGUGUUUUUGAUUAUACAAAUUAUGCUUUAAAAAGGUAUUAUAAAUAUAUAUUAUAGAGUUUAAAAUGUUGAAACUGAAUAUCCAAAUUUAAUCAAAGAAAAAUAUACUACAUUGUAGAAUAAUUAAGAUUAUCAUUUCUGUAAUAUUCAAUUAAAACCCAUUUUCGAUAGUUUAUGUCCUUGUAUGUAAAAAUAAAUUAUUUAACAUAAACCAUCCCCUAUUAAAAAUAAAGUUAUUAUCAGAAAAUCAGUAUAAUAGAUUAAAAAGUAGGUAAAUAAUGUAUAUAAGUAGUCUGAUUAAUAAUCUAAAAAAGAAUAAAUUGAUAUUAGUAAACAUAAUAAUAGUCCUAGUAAUAAUGGAAAAUCUAAAUAAUAGAUGCCAUAAAUUAAAUUUUAUAAAGAAACACAAUUGAUUAAACCUCAUCCAAGAGCAUUAUCAGCCAAUAAUUAAUAACAUCCUGUCAAAUAUUUGACUUGUUCAAGUUUUAUUGAGAAUCCUAUUGCAAUCAAAACUAAUCUCUUAGUUCGUAGCACUUAUGAAUGA